GUAUCUCCAAGAAGCUUGAUUGCCUGAACUUUUCCAAAAUCCAGUUUUGCAAUAUGUUGGGGAAGAUAUGCAAGUCCAUCAGAAGAUUAUACUGCUCUGAGUCUAAUUGUCUCUCUCGUAGGAAUCAAAUAGCGAAUGAUCAGUCGUUGCAUAGUCAGAAUUUGGCUGCCAAAUGGGUGAUUUGUGAUGCUUGUAUAGAAGAAAACAAAGCCUGUAACUGUGAUCACAGAGUCGGAGAUUUGAAGUGUGCUGAGAUUCCACCUGCUGAACCUAAUGGUUCUUUCGCUCAUGCUGUCAUCAACAUGAUUGGAAUGCUCAUAGGGCUUGGGCAGUUAUCAACUCCAUAUGCUUUAGAAAAUGGAGGAUGGGCUUCAGUGUUCUUGCUUAUUGGACUCGGAGUAAUAUGUGCAUACACUUCUCAUUUACUUGGAAAAUGUCUUGACAGAAACCCCAAGUCAAGGAGCUAUUCUGAUAUUGGACAAGAAGCAUUUGGCACCAAAGGAAGAGUCCUGGCUGCAACUUUUAUCUACAUGGAGAUAUUCAUGGCCCUUGUAUCCUACACCAUUUCUCUCCAUGACAACAUUACAACUGUAUUCUUAGGGACAAAACUAAUGCUGUCAUGGGCCAAGUUAUCAACAUCUCAGCUGCUAACCAUGAUAGCUGUGCUGAUAGCACUUCCGAGUCUGUGGCUGAGAGACCUUUCUUCCAUAUCUUUCCUUUCAUCAGGCGGUAUUCUGAUGUCGUUUGUUAUUUUUAUGUCUGUCGUACUCACUGCUGCCUUUGGAGGUGUGAAAUCUAACCAUAGAAUACCAGGACUCCAGCUUCAGAACAUUCCUGCCAUAUCUGGCCUUUAUAUCUUCAGUUAUGCUGGCCACAUUGUUUUCCCUGACUUGUAUAAAUCCAUGAAGGAUCCUUCCAAAUUUACCAAGGUAUCGAUUGUGAGCUUUACAUUAGUAACAGCACUCUACACAGCUCUAGCAUUCAUGGGUGCAAAAUUGUUUGGUCCACAAGUUGGUUCCCAAAUCACACUCAGCAUGCCUCCGCAUCUCAUCUUCACCAAGAUUGCAUUAUGGGCAACUGUCCUGACACCCAUGACUAAAUAUGCCCUGGAAUUUGCACCAUUUGCUAUUCAAUUGGAGCACAAUCUUCCCGACACUAUGAGCUCAAGGAUGAAGAUGAUCAUAAGAGGAAUCGUGGGUUCACUUGUGGUACUUGUGGUCCUGGCACUGGCGCUAUCAGUUCCAUAUUUCGAGCAUGUUCUUGGGCUCACUGGCUCCUUGGUUAGUGUCAGUAUUUGCGUGAUUCUGCCUUGUGUUUUCUACGUCAAGAUUUCUUGGUCUCAGAUUUCUAGACCUCUCCUUCUGCUUAAUAUUGCCCUCAUUGCGUUUGGGUCCUUUCUUGGAGUAACUGGCACCAUCUCCACUUCAAAGUUGCUCAUAAAGACACUACUCAGAGCUCACUCAAAGUGAAGAUGAGAUUGUAAAGUUACAGGCAAUGGAUUUUGCAAUUUCCUGUUAUAUUUCUUUAUGUAACACUUAUAAGGGCAAAAACCAAAAAAUAAUGCAUUUUCAUGGGGCAUACCAAGUAGAAAGAUUGGAGUUUUAUAAGUCAUAUAUCAGGUUUUCCGUUGUUGAACUUUUCUUUAUUUCAGCCAUGGACAUCUAUGGGGGCAUCUACAGGACUACAAAUUUUCUUUUAAUGAUAUAUAAUACAAGGGUACUUUAUCA